CCUCUGAAGUCUGAACUAUAUCAUAUAGGAUCCAGUUUUCUCCCAAAAGCCCGCUCGACGUGCUACUCCGUGCUUGUAGACGUAGUAAGAGUUAUGCGCGCGCGCGACUCAAGGCUACUAUUGGGAGUAGUAGGAAGAUGCUUAUAUUUUCCGUCUCGUUACUUGACUCCCGUUACAAAAAAAAACGCCGCGUAUUUAACGGCAAAGAAUAAUAUAUAAAAAGGGACUGAGACGAGCUUUGCUUGGUGAACAGAUAUAUACUCAACUUAAUACCAGGUGGAAAAGUGUGGGAGCGAGUGUGUGUUGUGAGUAACUGAAGUGAGCAAGUGCGUUUUGUUUUAUCUCCUCUUGCCUUGUAUUGUUAUUCUGGAUUAAGGGUGCUAACAAUAUAUAUACAUAUUUACAUGUAUACGCCGAGACGAGACCAGACCAGAGGUGAAUAAUAUAUUUGUACAAUUAAAACUGCAAGGAAAGGGUGAAGGAGAGACAUCAAGCUCAGACACGAUGGGUGUUGUACAUACAGACAACAGUUACACUGUGAAGUAUUGAUAACAAUGAUAAUAAAUAUUAUCAGUAUUUUGGAGUUACAAUAAGUAACAAUUAAUGGUGAAAUAAGAGCAGUAUUAACUGAAGAAACGUAGGAAGAAAGUAGUAUAACAACUUGCUCAAUACAUCGUGUGUGUUAAAAAAACGCGGCGUUACACGUCUUUUUUACGAGACCUAUGGAUUUUUUGCAGCGGCCUCUUACUACUCGCCGAAUAAGAAAAUUCGUCUCAGUUCUUGGUACUUUUUAUUGCUCAUACCAUAAUCAUAACUGCUACGUCUGCUACUUGGACAUGGAUCACUGGAUCUGAAGCUGGAGGUGUCACUUGCACACCCGAGUUAACGAUAAACGACAGCGUACAACAUAGACCCCUACACGAGAUCCAAUUUUAUCAUCAUCAACAAACAUCAUCGUCCGCCUGUGUCCAAUGAAUUAACCGUAAGAUUUUCUAUCAACACCGACAAUAAGUUGAGAAGAACAACGGGGGUGAGCGCCGCUGUAAGAUAAAUAGUCUGGAGUAUAAAUAUAAGAAGCGGGAGAAGAUAACGAGAUGUAUCGUUACGUUAAAAGCACGUUGUACAUCAGCAUACUUUUUCUUAUGAGUAUUGGAAUCAGUCAUCAACAGGAGGAGGACAUUCCACACAAUGAAGUGAGAAACUGGGCACUUAAGUUUGGCGUCGAUCUGUGGGAGUUUGGACGACAAGCAACUAAACUUAGCGAAAUACAGAGGAAUUACCAUGGGAUGGAAGCAACUGUAAAUAAAAAAGAUGGUUUGGUCCUGGUACGUGAAAUGGCCGCUGAAGUUAAAAAUAUGAUGGACUUUAAGAUGAAUGCUGUUAUGAGAUUGAUGGAGAGUGCGGAGCAAGCUGCAGUAUCAUCGCCAAGGGAUUCAACAACAUCACCCCGAUACUACAGUUCCCAUGAGAUCAACAGAUUCACUGAUGAUGGUAAACUCACACCCGGUACACGUGAAUUGCUACUCUCGAUGAAUCGUCACUUUGACAAUUUACCCGUCAAUUUGAGCAUGUCUGCAGUACUUUUUCCGCCGGGUGUUGAGGAUUCUGACAGUCAAGUCUCUUCUGGACUUCAGUGGAGUGAUCACUUGGACCCACUUUUUGUUAAUAAUUAUGAAAACGAUCCGACUUUGUCUUGGCAAUAUUUCGGAGCUACUUCCGGUUUCUUAAGGCGUUUUCCAGCAAUAUCAUGGCCGCCGAGAGGAAAAGGGUCAAGACCUGAGGAUCCGGACGUCCACGACUUCCGUAUGUCGGACUGGUUCGUCGGCGGCGCAACCUGCCCUAAAGACCUGACAAUACUAGUAGACAGUACAAGUUUUUCGUCUAAAAAAUUGCGUAAAUUGACAAUAGCCACGACAAAAAAUAUCUUGGACACAUUGUCAGCAAACGACUAUGUAAAUGUCUACCGUUACUCCGAGAGUGUUGAGGAGACUGUUCAGUGUUUCAAGGAUUUACUGGUCCAAGCGUCGCCGGAAAAUGUACGUCAACUGAAGAAUUCAUUGUACUCAAUACAAUCAGAUUCAACGGCAAAUGUAUCAGCCGCAAUGGCCACUGGGUUUGAAAUUCUCUAUAAGUACAAUAGAACUGGACAAGGUGCACAGUGUAAUCAAGCCAUUAUGUUGGUUACAUCUAACACUGAGACUGCGUCCUCAGACCUUAUUAAAAAAUACAAUUGGCCCCAUAUGCCCGUAAGGAUAUUCACUUAUCUCGUUGGUGGUGACAAAAGCUCUGAGCUACAAGAAAUGGCCUGUGCUAAUAAAGGUUUUUACGCCCGAGUGACGUCAAUGGAAGACGUUAAGACUAAAGUUUUUGAGUACGUGAAAGUUUUAGCACGACCUAUGGUUUUGUAUCAACAUGAUCAUCCAAUUCAUUGGACACCUGCAUAUGUAGGCGGCGAGAGCAGUAGAUACGGCGAGGAAAGACGUGGUCAAUUAAUGACAUCUGUAACAGCGCCUAUUUUAGAUCGUCGUAAUCAUACAGUUAAAACCGCCAACUUGUUGGGAAUAGUUGGAACAGAUGUACCGAUAGACCAAGUACAAAAGCUCGUGCCACCUUACAAGCUGGGUGUAAAUGGCUACUCGUUUAUCGUCGACAAUAAUGGUCGUGUCUUGUAUCAUCCAGAUCUACGUCCUUUGCCGACAAGUCAAAAUUAUGAAAACUCAUUGCAUCCUAGAUACACGAGCGUUGACUUGUCAGAAGUUGAACUAGCAGAGUUUGAAGGACCUAGUUACAUUUACAAUAAUAACUCUCUGCUUUUUGAUUUAAGGCGCGAUAUGAUUGAGCAAAAAGAGGGAGAGACAAAUUUCCCGGUGAAAAUUCAUUACGAUAGUAUGAAACGUGUGACGAUUCGUCGACACAAUUAUUUUUACGAGCCUAUUGUCGGGACUCCGUUCUCUCUGGGGUUAGCACUGCCCGAGGGGUAUGGUAUGCUAGAAGUCCACGCUGAACUGGAGCUGAAACACGCUAUUUUAAAUGUGUUUGACUAUCUGAAUGGAAGUAAUUGGAAAGUUCACCCAGAUUGGGUUUACUGUGAGUACAGUUCAGCGUCCGAUAAGCAAUUUUCUACCCCCGAGGAACGUAUUCUCCAUUUCCUCGGCCGUACUCGUAUGCCGGGUUGGAAGUGGAUGUCUAUGAGACCUAAGAGUCCCAGCUCGCAUCAUAAUCAAGCGAGCAAGCCCGACAAAGAUGCGCAUUACUGCGAUAAAAGAUUAGUACAGUCACUAGUUAUGGAUGCAGUAGUAACUGGUGGGUUCAAUAAAAGAGACACAAACUUGAUGCACAGGGAAGAUAAUCAGAACCCCAUUGCCAUACUGAUGGCUCUUCUGCACAGCCAAGGAAAGGGGAGGUUCGACGUCGUCCGAAGUUUCAUUGCGACAAGGAGUGGCCUCUUUCGAUGGCACGACCAUCAAGACAAUAAGGAAGCCGAAGACGAACCGCAUUUCGCUGACAUGAACAAAAGAGCUAUGGACACAUCAUGGUACAAAAGAGCCGCGGAACAACAUGCUGUGGAGCCUGAGAGUUUCGUAUUCAGUGUGCCUUUCAACGCUGCGGAAAUGACGGAACCACUUGUUACGGCAACUCACGCGGUCUUCUUCGAGGGUAAAAAUCAGCAUAAGGCACCAGCUGCUGUUGUUGGUAUCCAACUACAGCAUUCGUCAUUAUCGUCGCACUUUAUGAACAUUACAUCGACGUGCGCGUCUUGUAAAAAAAACUGCGCAUCCACAGACCUGGACUGCUAUAUUCUCGACAACAGCGGGUUCAUAAUUAUAAGCGAGAAUAAUGAACACACGGGUAAAUUUUUUGGUGAAAUUGACGGCACUAUUAUGGACUCCCUUGUGCAGGACAGGAUCUACAGGAAAGUGACGGUAGUGGAUUAUCAGGGUCGUUGUCCUCCUCAAGAGUCCCAUUUAUCAUCAGCACCACGAACAGUAUCCGGAUCAAUUAUCAAGACAAUUGUAACAGCAUUCGGUCUUAUCUGGUCUUCAGUACUAAAAUUAAACAUCUACGACGCAAUUAGUCCGGCAUUUGCCUGGCCAAAUGACUCUAAUUCCGAUGACGUUGAUAUUAAAAUCGAUGACGAGACAAAUUCUCACGAAUCUAAAAAUUUGUCGGAGGAGCCAACGGCUGGAAACGAUAAAGGACCUUCAUUUCCGGCGGUAGCGUCUCCACCAACAGUUCCGCCUGCCACUCACGCAACAUCAGCUCAAUAUACGAUCAAUAAAGUACGUCCGUGUGAAAAGAAGACAGAUCUGUAUAUUUUGCAGCCCGAAAGAUUGAACACAAGUGGUCAGAGCAAUCCGCUCAAGGGUAAACUGACGAACUGCCAUGUAACCGGAUGCGAGAGGCCUUUCAGUGUCCAAAAGAUCCUUCACACAAAUCUUAUUCUGCUGGUGGUGGAUACCCUCUGUCCGUGUGGCACUAAGCAGCUUAGCAUUGAGCCUACGGAGGCUGCCAACGAACCAGGAGUUUGUUCAGCCCGACGUGAUCGGCUCUACCGACGACGGCCACCAAAAUGUAUUAAUUAUCAUCCCGAGGAAAUGGAAAUAAAAUAUUGCGGUAGCGGCAGCAAAUUAAGUCUAUCGUACGGUCUCAUCCUCGCCUUGUUGUCGGUCUACUUUACGUGACUCGCUCCGUUAACUAUCUCGCGAUUCAACGAGUAAUUUACGUAUUAUUAUAUGUAUAUAUAUAUGUACAUAUAUAUAUUUACGUAUUUCAUUAUAAAUAUAUAAUAUAUAUUUAUUAUUAUUACUAUUAAUAUUAUAAUUAUAAUUAUUAUUGAUAUUAUUUAUAUUGAGUUUACAUGCAGCUAUUUUACGGCGUAGUACUCAGAGCAAUAGCAAUGACGGGGAACAGGAUAAUAAUUAAAAAAUAACAGUAAAUAAUAAACAAGUCAGUGUGGAUAUUUAAAAAAUAAUAAAUAAGAUUUUAAUAAAUUUAUUUCUUCGAUUGUCCAUUUAUAAAACGGCUGUUAAAUAAACGCGUAAUUAAAUACAACGUAAAAGACUAAUUAAAAAAAAAUAUCCAAUUCUGCGGAGAUGUUAUAACUCUUAUUAUUAAAUAAAAUAAAAUAAUAAUCAAUAAUAAUAAUAAUAAUAUUAUUAUUAUAUUGCAUUGGGAGAUGAAUUUUAAAUAAAAAAAAUAUUUAUGAGAAAAAUGAAGAAAAAUUUUUAAAAAAAUGAGAGCGAGAGAGAGAAAGAGAGAGCGAAGUGUAAUGAUGUUGGGAUUGAUUCGCCGUCCGAGAGUGCGACUCCCCUAUAUAUAUAUACAUAUAUAUAAUAAAUAAAUAAAUAAAUAAAUAAAUAUUGAUCCGUGGUUUAAAACGGGUCAAUAAAUGUUUAGACAAUACAAUUUGGAUGCAAGAUUUUUUUUCCUUGCGCCAAGUAACAUACAUAUGUAAAUAUGUAUGUAUAUGUAUAUAUAUUUAUUAUAAUAAAUAUAUAUAUGUAUAUGUAUUAAUAGUUAUCAUUGUAACUUAUUAAUAUUUAUAAUAUAUUUAUAUAAAUAUAUAUUAUUAUUUAUAGAAAUAAAUAAUAAUAAUAAUGGUAAUGAAAAAUAAAUAAUUGUUUUUCGCGCGUAAAAUUUUAAACCGGCGGGGCUGAGGGUUAUUUUAAAUAACUCGAGGGAUUGUGUGCGUGGCUCACAUUUCCGCGCCUUACGUCUUUUAAAUAAAUUUAUAUAAUAUUUACUUUGUUUUAAUGUAUAUUAUAUAAAUAUAUAUUUUAUUUAUUACUUAUGAAAUUAUAUUUAAUAGAUAAUUCGUAAUAAUAAGCUUUCAUUUAUUGUUUAUCGUUGAGCACUCGUACUCACUUUUAAGAGCUCGUAUUAUCAAAUGUAUCAAAAAAAAAAAAGAAAAAAAAGAGGGUGUGUUUUAAAAUAAAUAAAUAAAUAACAUUAUUAUUAUUAUACAGUUUAGAUGAUAUUAUUUGUUGUAUAGAGAAUAUAUGAAAAUUUUAUUGCAAUUUAGUAAUGAAGAAAAUAAUAAACAGUUUGGAAAAAUAAAUUUUUACAGCCAAUUCUUAACGAUUGUCAAUAUAUAAUAUAUAUAAAAAAAUGAAAAGAGUUCAAUUACUUGGGUAAUUUAAAAUCAAUUAAAUAAAAAAUAUAAAUAAAUGGUAAAUCGUUAUAUUGUUCAAAGAUGAACCGGAUGAUCGUAUUUAUAAUGUUACGAAUGAGAUAGAUCUUCAUGUAUAAAAUACUUUUUUAUCUUUUAAAUGUUAUUAUUAUUUGUAAUUUUCUUAUUUACUUUUUUUUACAAUUAUAUCAUUCCAUUACAAGACCAUUUUUUACUGUGUCUUCCACGAAACGGCCUUUCUUAAUGUGGAUUACGAAGAUACGUAUGAAUAAAAAUGAUAUGUGACUAUUUAAAUGUGAAUGUUUAAUUCAAAAUAAUAAAAUUAAAUAAUACAUAUCGGCUUACUGGAUUACAAUUUGCAUGAUGCUACAAAAGGGAAUGAAAAAUAACAAAACAUAAAAGAAAAUAUAAUAAUAAAAAUACAUUUUUAUGUAAAGAACGAGUCUACAUGUAUGUUCUUAUUUAAAAAUAAUAAUAAUAAUAAUAAUAACAAUAACAAAACCUACAUUCUUAUGUAUCUGUAAGCAAACGUAGGCGGUAAUUAUACAAAUACUAUUAUAAGUUUGAAAAAAUAAAUAAUUAAAAGCAAAAAUCUUUUCAAAAAAUAUUAAAAAUAAAAAAGAAAACAUAAUUAAAAAAUAAAAACGGUUAAUGUAAACUAUAUUUAAUGAUGAAAAAAUAAAAUAAAGUCACUCUGUAUUUUCGUGACGAAAAAAAAAAAAUAAUAAAUAAAAUAAAAAAAAAACGAACUUAUAAGUUUUUAUCUUCCAUUUAUUGUGAAUUUCAAAGCGAUCAAAAACAUAAUAAAAAUGCAUUUAUAAUUAUUAUUAAUAUAAUUACGCAACUCAGAUCUUUAUAUAGAUUUAAAAUAUCAAUUAUAAUUAUAAUUAAAAAUAAUGAGAUACGUCAUGACAGGAGGAAAUUAAAAAUAAAAUGAUAAAUAUAUAAUGACUGUUUAUCGAUAUUUAAUAAUAAAAUAAUAAUGAGUAAUUGGGGGUUACGGGGGGACAAUAAUUAAAUAAAUAAACUUCAAGCAUUUGGUUGCCGAAAUGUUAUUAUGUGCAAACAAUCGCUGAUAACGAAUAAUUUAAACAAUUAAAUACAAUUAUUAUGCUUUUGUGAUUGUUAUCUUUUACAGAUUACUUGAUAAAAAAUGAAAAAAAAAAAUAUAAAAAUGAAAAAAAGAAAAAAAUCAUAAAAAAAAAAUAAAAUGCAUAUGAAUAUUUUAAAUAAGAAUGUAUACAAUUUAUUGAGGCAUUUGUAUGAACGCGUUUCAAGCUGGGCCAAAAAUGAAAAAAAAAAAAAUAAUAAUAAUAAUAAUUAAUAUUAAA